UGUGUAUCUUCAACCUAGUGCGCAGGCGGAAGUUUACAGUACUGGCUCAUCCGAUUCUCCAUGCUCAGAGUCUAAUCAAACAAUAAAAGACCAGGAAUUUCAGCAUCCGCCUCUAGCAUACCAUGACUGAACCGAGUCCGGCACAGAAAAGCUCACAGCCAGAUCAAGAGAUAGCGUCAGUGAAGCUGGAGGACUGCAGUCAAACACUGGAGCUCAAUGUGAUUGUCAAAGAGGAGGAAGAGGAGGAUGAGAGAAGAACCAAGGAAGAGAACAGGGGAGUAGAACAGGAGAGGGAAGAGGAACAGGAGAGGGAAGAUGGUAACAUUGCCUCGGGACUUGUUACUGUUAAACGAGAAGAAGAGGAGGACGAGGGGGAUGGAGAGGAGGAAGAUGGAGAGGAGGAGGAGGAGGAGGUUGGGGAUACGACCAACCCAGAAACAGGAGAGGGUGCCAGCUCAGACAGAGAGAGACCGUUCCUCUGCUCCCAGUGUGGUAAGAGGUUCACUGCACCAAGCAGCCUGAAGACUCACAUGCAGAGACACAGCGGAGAGAAACCCCACCAGUGCUCCGUCUGUGGGAAGCGCUUCCUACGAUCCACAGACCUGAAGAGACACCAGAUGAUCCACAAAGCAGUCACCUCAGACAGACCGUACCACUGUUCUGAAUGUGGAAAGACGUUCACCUCGCCGACCAGCCUGAGGAUCCACGUGAAGAUCCACAGCGAAGACAAACCACACCGGUGUUCCGUCUGCGGGAAGCGUUUCCUGUGGCUAUGUGUUCUGAAGAGACACCAGGUGGUACACAAAGCAGGAGAGAGCGCCAACUCUGACAGCCCAGGGGAUCCCGAACAAGGGCAGAAGCCAUACCCGAACCCUGAAAGACUGUACCUCUGCUCAGAUUGUGGCAAGAGGUUCACCACAGCACCUUUACUGAAGUCUCACAUGAAGAAGCACAGUGGAGAGACACACCACCAGUGCUCCGUCUGCGGGAAGUGUUUCCUGCUGUCCCAGGACCUCGAGAGACACCAGGAGAUCCACAAAGGGGGCAACAACGCUGAGGCAGACAGCCCAGGGGAACGAGAUCCGGAGAGACCGUUCCCCUGCUCUGUGUGUGGGAAGAGGUUCACCGCAGCCUUCAGACUUAAGGCACACAUGAAGAUCCACAGCGGAGAGAAACCCCACCAGUGCUCCGUCUGUGGCAAGGCCUUCCUUCGACCCUACGACCUUAAAAGACACCUGGUGACCCAUAAAGGAGAGGGCACCAGCUCUGACCCUGACAGCCCAGGGGACCCUGACCAGGAGCUGAAGCCGUAUUUCUGCUCCCAGUGCGGUAAGAGGUUCACUGCAGCCAGCAGCCUGAAGACGCACACAAUGACGCACAGCGGAAAGAAACCCCACCAGUGCUCCGUCUGCGGGAAGUGUUUCCUGCGAUACCAGGACCUGAAGAGACACCAGGUGAUCCACAAAGGAGAGGGCGCCAGCACAGAGAAACCCCACCAGUGCUCUGUCUGCGAGGAGAGUUUCUUGAAGCUCGACGACUUGAACAUUCAUGUGACGAUCCACACAGGAGAGAAGACCAAGCACAUCUGCCAACCAUGUGGGAAGACCUUCACUCUGCUGCAGGACCUAAAGACUCACCAGCGCACCCAUACAGGAGAGAAACCGUACCACUGCUCCAAGUGCCCAGAGAGCUUUGGCAACCUGUUGGAGUACAGGGAGCACAAGCAGACACACAACAACAAGAAACCGUACCUCUGUGACCAAUGCGGCCAGACGUUCACCCACUUCUACACCCUGAAGACCCACCGGUCGAUCCACACAGGGGAGAACCUCCUCCACUGCUCCUACUGCGGGAGGGGCUUUACUCAGAAAACGUCCUUGGCGACCCACAUACUGAUCCACACCCAGGAAAAACCUCACCGGUGUUCUGUGUGUAGCCAACGUUUUGCCCGAAGCGAAAGCCUGAAGAAACACAAGAGGAUACACAUGGAAGAGGUCCGCCACCACAUGUGCGAGUGCGGGAAGACUUUCCCGGACAUGAAAAGGCUGGAGGUGCACGCGAGAAUGCACUACAAGAGCUUGGAAAAGAAGUACUGCUGCUCGUACUGCGGGAGAAUGUUCCUACGAGAUGGGGAUCUAAAGAGUCACCAGAGAACACACACCGGAGAGAAACCCUUCGUCUGCGCCAUAUGCGGGAAAAGUUUCGCCCAGUCGGGGAACUUGAGAGUGCAUCAGAUCAAGCACACUAAAGAAAGACCGUACACUUGUACUGUCUGUGAUAAGGGGUUCACCACCUCUGGGAGUCUGAAGGUGCACAUGAGGAGGUUUCAUACAGGGGAGAAGCCGUACGUCUGUAGCCUGUGUGGGAAAGGGUUCAUUGUACCCAAAGCACUAAAGACACACCAACAGAAACAUAUGAAAGAGACGACCGUCUAGUUUGACGGGAGAAAAGACUGUCUGUCUGUGAUUCCUCACUCCUCUCAACUGUAAUAGAGGAGAAGUUCCAAGGUCCCUCUCUGACUUUAUUCUCCAUUGCAUUUUGAGGAGGAGGCUAAGAGAAAGAAUGUGAGGAAUCGGGGAAUGAUGAAUUGAGAAACAGUCGAGGCCUGCUGGUGGUUUUACCUGCUGCUCCCAUUGAGGACAUGUUUUUUUCAAAAUAAAAGUCCCCAACAUGCAUCCAUGUAAUUGUACUCUAAAUGUGCCAGUAGACAUCACUCACCAUGACAGAAUAGCUAGUGGUUAGUUUAGUGAUACUCUACAGAAACUAAGGUUGUAUCACUAACCGCUAUCACUAAACUAACCACUAGCUAUUCAGUCUGUAAGAUACAACCUCAAUAAAGUUUCUGUAGAGAAUCUUAAUGUCAGAUAUGAAUUGACAGGAUGAUAUGAUUAUGUAUGGCAGGAUAUGACACAAUAUGCAUUAUGACAAUAAUAAAUCCAAACCUGACAUGAUGUCUCCACUCACCAUGGCUGGCACCUAUUGACAUGAUGUCUCCACUCACCAUGGCUGGCACCUAUUGACAUGAUGUCUCCACUCACCAUGGCUGGCACCUAUUGACAUGUCUCCACUCACCAUGGCUGGUGGCUAUUGACAUGUCUCCACUCACCAUGGCUGGUGGCUAUUGACAUGAUGUCUCCACUCACCAUGGCUGGCACCUAUUGACAUGAUGUCUCCACUCACCAUGGCUGGCACCUAUUGACAUGUCUCCACUCACCAUGGCUGGUGGCUAUUGACAUGUCUCCACUCACCAUGGCUGGUGGCUAUUGACAUGUCUCCACUCACCAUGGCUGGCACCUAUUGACAUGAUGUCUCCACUCACCAUGGCUGGUACCUAUUGACAUGUCUCCACUCACCAUGGCUGGCACCUAUUGACAUGUCUCCACUCACCAUGGCUGGUACCUAUUGACAUGUCUCCACUCACCAUGGCUGGCACCUAUUGACAUGUCUCCACUCACCAUGGCUGGCACCUAUUGACAUGAUGUCUCCACUCACCAUGGCUGGCACCUAUUGACAUGAUGUCUCCACUCACCAUGGCUGGCACCUAUUGACAUGUCUCCACUCACCAUGGCUGGCACCUAUUGACAUGAUGUCUCCACUCACCAUGGCUGGCACCUAUUGACAUGAUGUCUCCACUCACCAUGGCUGGCACCUAUUGACAUGUCUCCACUCACCAUGGCUGGCGGCUAUUGACAUGAUGUCUCCACUCACCAUGGCUGGCACCUAUUGACAUGUCUCCACUCACCAUGGCUGGCACCUAUUGACAUGAUGUCUCCACUCACCAUGGCUGGCACCUAUUGACAUGUCUCCACUCACCAUGGCUGGCACCUAUUGACAUGAUGUCUCCACUCACCAUGGCUGGCGGCUAUUGACAUGAUGUCUCCACUCACCAUGGCUGGCACCUAUUGACAUGUCUCCACUCACCAUGGCUGGUACCUAUUGACAUGUCUCCACUCACCAUGGCUGGCACCUAUUGACAUGAUGUCUCCACUCACCAUGGCUGGCACCUAUUGACAUGUCUCCACUCACCAUGGCUGGCACCUAUUGACAUGUCUCCACUCACCAUGGCUGGUGGCUAUUGACAUGAUGUCUCCACUAGAGGUCGACCGAUUAUGAUUUUUCAAUACCGAUACCGAUUAUUGGAGGACAAAAAAAGCCGAUACCUAUUAAUCGGACGAUUUUACGUAAUUAUUAUUUAUUUUUUUAUAUAUAUAUCAUACACACACACACAUUUUUGUAAUAAUGACAAUUGCAACAAUACUGAAUGAACAAUGAGCACUUUUAUUUUAACUUAAUAUAAUACAUAAAUACACACGCACACAGCUCUGAAGUGACAAUGAUACUGAAGAGUCUGCUUAGGAGACAAAUACUCUCAACUGUUUGAAUAAAAAUAGAGUUUAAGUUACCUGUGAUGAAUGUUGAAAACAAAAACUUUAAUUUCUAUAUGCAGGAAAUCAUAUUUUAAUAAUGGGCAUGGUAAGAAUUGACAACCAAAGUGCGAGUCAUAAUUCCCAUGACACCUAGCAAAAUCUGAAAAGCGGUUCCUUCAUUUAUUCCAUAGGAUAUUUUUAGAUUAACUUAAAAUAAGGUCUGUGUUUCGUGUAGGCUUACAUCACCGUGCCAAUUUUAUAACUGUGUAGAUAUCCAUAGGACAAGGUAACUCUGAUCAAUAUUGGCUAAAUAUAAGCGAAGAUAAAAAAAAUUGUAGAGUGGAUUUAUGAAAAUAUGUUGACAAACGUUACCUUAUCCUAGUGAGAUUUACACGGGUAUCAAAACGUCGAGGCGGUUUAAGCCUGCACGAAACACAGACCUUAUUUGAAGUAGAUCAAGACAUUCUCUAUGGAAGACAUGAACAGUAAAAUAUUGAAGGAACCCCUUUCAAAUUCAGCCGCAAGUUAUUACAGGAAUUAUAACGCGUCGACUAUUUCUCUCUAAACCAUAUACCUUUGACUAAUCCGGAAACUAUCACCUCAAAAACAAAACGUUUAUUCCGUUCCGUAUUUUAUCUAACGGGUGGCAUCCAUGAGUCUAAAUAUUCCUGUUACAUUGCACAACCUUCAAUGUUGUCGUAAUUACGUAAAGUUCUGGCAAAUUAGUUUGCAAAGAGCCAGGCGGCCCAAACUGUUGCAUAUACCCUGACUCUGCGUGCAAUGAACGCAAGAGAAAUGACACAAUUUCACCUGGUUAAUAUUGCCUGCUAACCUGGAUUUAUUUUAGUUAAAUAUGCAGGUUUAAAAAUAUAUACUUGUGUAUUGAUUUUAAGAAAGGCAUUGAUGUUUAUGGUUAAGUACACAUUGGAGCAAUGACAGUCAUUGAUUGAUUGUUUUUUAUAAGAUAAGUUUAAUGCUAGCUAGCAACUUACCUUAGCUUACUGCAUUCGCUAACAGGCAGACUCCUCGUGGAAUGCAAUGCAAGAUUGGAUCCUCCGAGCUGACAAGGUUAAAAAUCUGUCGUUCUGCCAGGCCGUCAUUGAAAAUAAGAAUGUGUUCUUAACUGACUUGCCUAGUUAAAUAAAGAUUAAAUAAAGGUGUAAAAAAUAAAUAAUAAUAAUAAUAUAUAUAUUUUUUUUUAAAUCGGCGCCCAAAAAUACCGAUUUCCGAUUGUUAUGAAAACUUGAAAUCGGCCAUUCCGAUUAAUCGGUCGACCUCUAGUCUCCACUCACCAUGGCUGGCACCUAUUGACAUGUCUGCCCCCUUGACUUUUUCCACAUUACAGCCUUAUUCUAAAAUGGAUUAAAACAUUUUUAAAAAUCAAUUUACACACAAUACUCCAUAAUGACAAAGCAAAACCAGAUUUUUUAUUUGUCCAUUUUUUUUUGUAAAUGUAUUAAAUAAAACUAUCACAUUUACAUAAGUAUUCAGACCCUUUACUCAGUACUUUGUUGAACCACCGUUGGCAGCGAUUACAGUCUCGAGUAUGACGGUACAAGCUUGGCACACCUGUAUUUGGUGAGUUUCUCCCAUUCUUCUCUGCAGUUCCUCUCAAGCUCUGUCAAGUUGGAUGGGGAGCGUCGCUGCACAGCUAUUUUCAGGUCUCCAGAGAUGUUUGAUCGGGUUCAAGACCGGGCUCUAGGCCACUCAUGGACAAUCAAAGACUUGACCCGAAGGCACUCCUGUGUUGUCUUGGUUGUUUGCUUAGAGUCGUUGUCCUGUUGGAAGGUGAACCUUCACCCCAGUCUGAGGUCCUGAGCACUCUGGAGCAGGUUUUCAUCAAGGAUAUCUCUGUACUUUGCUUCGUUCAUCUUUCCCUCAAUCCUGACUAGUCUCACUGUUGCUGAAAAACAUCCCCACACCAUGAUUCUGCCACCACCAUGCUCCCCCGUAGGGAUCGUGCCAGCUUUCCUCCAGACGUGACGCUUGGCAUUCAGCGAAUCUUGUUUCUCAUGGUCAGAGUCCUUUAAGUGCCUUUUGGCAAACUCCAAGCGGGCUGUCAUGUGCCUUUUACUGAGGAAUGGCUUUCGUCUGGACACUCUACCAUAAAGGCCUGAUUGGUAGACUGCUGCAGAGAUGGUUGUCCUUCUAGAAGGUUCUCCCAUCCCUACAGAGGAACUCUGUCAAAGUGACCAUUGGGUUCUUGGUCACCUGCCUGACCAAGGCCCUUCUCCCCUGAUUGCUCAGUUUGGCCAGGCGGCCAGCUCUAGGAAGAGUCUUGGUGGUUCUAAACUUCUUCCAUUUAAGAAUGAUGGAGGCCACUGUGUUCUUGGGGUUCUUCACUGCUGCAGAAAUGUUUUGCUACCCUUCCCCAGAUCUGUGCCUCGACAAUAGUGUUUCGGUGCUCUACGGACUAUUCCCACGACCUCAUGGCUAGGUUUUUGCUCUGACAUGCACUGUCAACUGUAGGACCUUAUAUAGACAGGUGUGUGCCUUUCCAAAUCAUGUCCAAUCAAUUGAAUUUACCACAGGUGGACUCCAAGUUGUAGAAAUAUUAAGGAUGAUCAAUGGAAACAGGAUGUACCUGAGCUCAAUUUCAUGUCCCAAAGCAAAGGGUCUGAAUACUUAUGUAAAUAAGGUAUUUCUGUUAUUUUUUUAUAAAUGUGCUUAAAUGUUUAAAAAAAAAAAAAAAUAUUUGGCUUUGUCAGUACGGGGUAUUGAGAUUGAGAAGAAACAAUCUAAUCCAUUUUAGAAUAAUUCACGGUAGCUAUCAUCAACUAUGUAGCUAGCUAGCGAAGUUGGCUAGCUAGCUACCUUGCCAUUGCUAACAUUAGCUACCUUUCUGGCUGACAAGGUGAAUAUUUUUUAUUACACAAUCUAAAAACGAGUAAUAUACCCAGUGUAUAAUAUUUUUUGUACCUGUUCUGGAGACAUUGUUGCAAAAAAUGUAAUCGAAUCAUCUUCAAUCUUGUCCAUAACUGUUAUCGCAUCGGCAUCGGCAGCCUCAAACUUCCCGACUCUGUUGGGUUGUCACUAGUUGCCACAAAGUCUCAGCAGGGACUACCAAUGAGAGCUGGGGAUUCUGGGAGAUCGUGUUCUAAUCAACAAAAAAAAAAAAUACUUCUUUGCCAGAAGGGACUCCGAAAUCACAUGUACACACAGUUAUGCAGUGCAUAGAAGACUAAGGGACAGCAACAGAAGUUACUAGAUGAUUCCAUAUGUGUUAUUUCAUAGUUUUGAUGUCUUCACUAUUAUUCUACAAUGUAGAACAUAGUAAAAAAUAAAGAAAAAACCCUUGAA